AUGUGGAACGCAUUGAAAAGGAGACUAAAAACAAUAAAAAGGAUAGGUUUUAAAUGUAUAGAAAUAACAAUUGGCUUUGAAACUUGUCCAAAUAGCCAUUUCUCUAUGUCAAACGCGGAUGAAAAUGGAGUAGCGUCUCCCAAUGUGUUGAAAAGAAAAAAGGAAGACUGUGCAGAGGAACAGUUGGAGGCUGAAAUCAAGCGAGUUGCUCUGGAUGAUGAUACAGAGACUGUGACGGCUGGAUUGACAAAUGGAACCUGCUUAGAAAAUGGAUUGAGCAACGGAAAUGGGCAAGACUCAUGCUCUUCAGACGGAAGAGAGUUGAGUAGCGAAAGCAUCAGCCGGCAUGCACACCUUAGGAUGCUCUGUCUUGUCAAAGAGGCUUCAAUCGUUGUCGGUCAUAAAGGUGAGACAAUUUGCAAAAUCAAAAGUGAAACUUCUACAAGGAUUAAUGUCUCUGACAAUGUUAGAGGUGUACCUGAGAGAGUCAUAUACGUGAGAGGAUCAUGCGAUAAUGUUGCGAAAGCAUUUGGAAUGAUAGUAAGAUCACUUGUAUCAAGAAAUGAGGAAAGCGAUUUGGAUGAAAACUCUACCGCAACAACAAUCAACUUGCUGAUAUCCCACCACCUAAUGGGCUGUGUUAUUGGUAAGCACGGCUCAAGGUUAAGGGAAAUAGAAGACCUAAGUGCCGCAAGAUUAUCUGCGUCACCUCAGCAAUUAUUAAUGUCCAAUGACCGCAUACUUAGUAUCACUGGAGUUGCUGAUGCUAUUCAUAUUGCAACGUUUUAUGUCGGGCAAACCAUUAUGAAUUCUAGAGAGGGUACCAGGAUGAAAAAACCCAUCUUUUAUCAGCCAAGUGCCAUGUAUUCGGCACUCCUUAGUGGAAUUUCUCCACCUGGAUUUUCUCACCAAAAACAUCAUCAAUAUCAUCCAACAGACAAGUACACCACCAAUAGGGGCAAUAAAAGAGUAUCUAGAUCAUCCUCUCUGAUGAUGGUAGUACCGGCUAAUCAAUCUUUUCCACGCCAGGUCUCGGAACAACCACUUAGUCGUAUCCCUGUGACAUAUACUGCAGCGAAUGCAGCGAAUGCAACCUCUUUUACUCCCAACUUUAUGAUCCCUAACGUAAGAAUACUGGAUGGUCCCGUAACUACCCCGGCAGCUCAAACAAUGUCUAUCGUGGAGCAAAAGAUUUAUAUAGAUGAAAAUUUUGUGGGAAACAUAAUAGGAAGGGAUGGAAAGCAUAUAAACUCGAUUAAAGAGGCUACCGGAUGUUCAAUUUUUAUUGACGAACCUGUUAAUGGGGCUUCUGAAAGAAGAUUAACAGUGAAGGGAACGUCAAUGGGGUCGCAGGCUGCAAUAAUGCUAAUAAGUAACAAAAUCGAAAUUGAUAGGAUAAACCGCGAGAGGAAAAGAUAA